AUGCCGAUACUCCACGGCGGCGGCGACGUCCGUGCGGCUCUGCACGCCGUCGCCGCCGUCGCCGGCCUCAGCCCGAUCCCGUCGUGGGACGCCAUCCAGUCGAGGGAGAGAGGAGGGCGUCGCCCCCGUGGUGCUGUAUCAUUCCCUUCGUGUUCCAAUUUCCGCUGCUCUCAUCUUCCCCCGUCUUCGCCUUCCUCCGCCUCCUCGUCGUCGUUUACCAAGGUCUUCCCCGUCUCCCGGGGUGAGUCUCGGAAUAAGGGAGACGAGAAGCCGCCGGUGUGCACCGCGGACGAGCUUCACUAUGUUACUGUGCCGGGGACCGAGUGGAGGAUCGCUCUCUGGCGAUACAUCCCCUGCACCGAUGUUCGUAGCAGGGUCUUCAUUUGACGAUUUUCACUAUGUUGCGUUGCAAUCUAUUGAUUAACGAUUCUUCCCGUGUUCUGUCAGGCGCCGCCAAGGAAUCACCCCUUGAUGCUUCUCUCAGGUGUGGGAACAAACGCCAUCGGAUAUGACCUCGCCCCCAGCGUAAGUUUUUUUGUUUUUUUGUUUUUUUGUUUCCUUGGUCGUCUCUUUGUUUCGCUUUGACACUGAUUCAAAAUUCCAUGCUUGCAUGAUCGAUAUGCCUUAAGGCACUUUGUUGGCAUCCAGUGUGCAUUCCGUGGUUUCCAGAGUAUCGGGAUAUAUACGUCUGAAAAUGUGAAAAGUACAAUGGAUUUCGAUUUUUAGGGAACCCACGGCCUGGUUUACGCCAUCCAUUGCGGUCCUUCGUCGUGAUUCGCAUGCUCUGUAUCCGAUAACAUGUCCGACUCAGUUUUCUUGCAUUCGCUUUUUCCCUGAUCUACCGUUGGCCUGCCUAAGCGGUUUGUUUUUACGCUGGAAUUGUGGAAAUAUGAUUGCUUCAACUGCGUUACUCAUGCAUUUUUGCAUCAGAUUUAAUGAUAAUUCAUGUUGAUCAGAAGAAGAAAAGAUGUCGCUAAAAGAACGACGGGUACUUUGAAAUUUUCCCUGAAAAAACGGGUCCAGGUCUGAACAUGGAACUUGUCUCGUUUAUGUGCUUCAUUGACUAUAGUGGAAUGUAAGACAAGGUUGAUGUCUAGCGUACACGUGUUCUCUGAUUGUUCAUAUUAAUGAUAAGAUCUUUGCUGGAGAGUCCUAUCUUCUCUUAACUUUUCUUCGCGAAAAGAUGUUUGUUCUUUUCAUGAAAGUUGUUUGGUAUAAAAAAAAAGAACCUAACUUCUUUGUCCCAAUGGUCAGGAUUUUCCAUCAUUUGCUCAUUCUCCAGUUCCCUCUGCUUCGUAGAAAGGAACGCGAACUCAUUUCUCAACCAACAGAGAUCCUAGAAACUCAGAGAUCAUAGAGAAUAAAAGUGAAGGCUCUGUGUGCGCAGUUUUGUGUUAAGUACUUAUGCCUUGGAGAACAAAAACCACUAAUAAUGGCAUCAGGAGAAUCCGCAGUGACAGGCGUGCUGUUUAAAGCUAAAAAAUAAAAAUACAAAGAGACAAUAAAUGGAUAUUAGAUCUAUCGUUCUUGGGCACUGGAAUGUUUCCGCAAGGGGUUUAGGAAUCUAGGAUUUGGCUCUUGAAUCAUGGCCCUGACGCUGUCUUUUUGGUUGGUCAGCUGAAGAGGUGAUCCUAUUGAGUUACUUUAUGGAUUUAUUCUUGAAUUUUUAUUUUCUUACUCGAACUUGUUACUUCGAUUUCCUUUUUUUCUAUCAGUUGAUUAAACUUCUGGCUAGGUUGGUCGUCAUCACUUGCUUUUAGUCACACUUCCUCAUUUGUAUGUAGUCACUUAGGCGUUCAUCUUUUCUCAGGCUUCAUUUGCACGAAAUAUGUCGAGACAAGGAUUCGACACAUGGAUUGUUGAGGUGAGGGGUGCUGGCCUAAGCACACGCUUGGACAAAACUCGGUCAACUGAGGAGGCAUCAACUGCUUCCAAACCAUAUAAUGUGACAGAAUCCAUUAAUAUAAAUGGACAGAGAUCUGUGAUAACUGAAGGACAGCAGUUAGCAACACAAGCCGGCCCUCCUCAAGUACUAGGGACUGCCAGUGGAAGCAAUGGGGAAAUUUUAUCUGAAUGGGAGGAGUCACAACUUGUGACAAAGUUGACUGACACUUUUAUGCUCUUGGCUGAAAAGCUGUCCGGCUAUAUUAAUGAAACUCAAUUGAGGGCUGUAUCGAAUAAAUUCUUUGAUCAGAUGUCAAAACUAAUGGAAGGUACCCGACUGUCACAACGUUUUGAUGAUGUUCAUGAAAAAAUUUCGGGCCUGUUGGAAGCUGGACAAAAUUCUGGUUUUUCUGGUCAGAUCAGGGAUCUUAGCGAGCGGUUGGUGAAGAUCAUUGAAGAGAGUCAAAGGUCUGUUUCUCCACAGCUGUUUGACCUGCAGGACCAGCUUUCAGCAACCAUAGAGGACUUCCAGAAGCAACUUGACCUGAUUGUCACGUACAAUUGGGACUUUGACAACUAUCUUGACGAAGAUAUCCCUUCUGCGGUGAGGUUUCUAAUCCACUGAUAUUCUUUGUUGACUUUUCAACUCAUUUUUAUUCAUGGAAAAAUUGUUUGAGGAAUCAUCUGACUUAUAAUCUCUUUAGAUGGAGUAUAUUAAGCAGCACAGCAAGCCAAAGGAUGGCAAAUUGCUUGCCAUUGGUCACUCAAUGGGAGGAAUCCUUCUCUAUGCCAUGAUUUCACAAUUUGGUAACAUUCCGCGAUCCUAUAGGAUUUUACCCUUUCUAGAAAAAGAAAUUAGCAUGGAUUCAUUUGCAGCAUUUACUUUGUAUUAUAUUCCUUUAAAAUGAUUUUUUUUUUCACAGUUCUUGUGAUCUGAACGUAGAUCUAUAAAUACAGAUACAAGAUCGCAAUAUUUAAAAUAUACGCCUCAUUCUUCCACUGAAUCGAGAUUUUCCAUUUUCCAAGGUUUCCAAGGAAAGAAAUCUCUGCUGGCGGCAGUCGUCACCUUGGCCUCGUCUCUUGACUACACUUCCUCAAAAUCCUCCCUCAAGUUGCUGCUGCCUCUCGUGAGUGGAAAACUCGUUGACUUUUCUUAUCUGCAGCUGUCACCUGACCCAUAAAUUUUCAUGAGCUGAGGGUGGUUUUCCAUGCAGGCUGAUCCUGCUCAGGCUCUGAAUGUUCCCGUUAUCCCACUGGGAGCUCUGCUGGCUGCUGCUUAUCCCCUCUCGAACAGACCACCUUACGUCUUGUCCUGGCUCAACUCUCAGAUCUCAUCUCAGGACAUGAUGCAUCCGGAGCUCUUCGAGAAGCUCGUUUUGAACAAUUUCUGUGAGUACAGAUCAAUUUUCCCUUCAUUCUUUACUUGACCUUCACUACUUAAAUAAAUAAAUAAAUGAAAUAAUUCUUACAAAUCGUGUACCUUUUCCACUGCGGUCUUUCUCUUUUGGUGACUUUGUCAUGGAUUGUCGGAAUGGAUUCUAACCCAUACAAUCUUUCCCGCUUGGCGGGUUUAUUUCAUCCAUGGAUUGUUAGAAUGGAUUCCAACGGCUAAGAGUCUAGGCUGGAAUGAAUUCCGACGACUUUUAGAAUCUAUCAAUGAAUGGCAGGUACAAUCCCCGCCAAGCUUCUGCUCCAGCUGACGACAGCUUUCCGAGAAGGAGGGCUUCGUAACCGGAGCGGCAGCUUCCUGUACAAGAAUCAUCUGCCCAAAUGCAGCACCCCCGUCUUAGCUCUUGCCGGAGAUGAAGAUCUCAUCUGCCCACCCGAAGCUGUAUAUGGUAAAUAUCCGGCUCUCCAGACAUCAUCAUCAUCUCUCUCUCUCUCUCUCUAACCCGUUGAAAAUCUCUGCUAAUACUGAUGGGCAGAGACGGUCAAGGCGAUUCCAUCGGAUAUGGUGACUUACCAGGUGUUCGGACGGCCAGGCGGACCGCAUUAUGCUCACUAUGAUCUCGUCGGCGGGCGCCUGGUACCCACUCCCCUUGGGACCGAGAAUCAUCCGAUUUCUGGGUCUGAUCGGCUCCCCUCCUCUCUCACUAUCUCUCAGGCGAUCGACGAAGUAUACCCGCGAAUAGUGGAGUUCCUCGCCGCCCACGACACCAGAUCGGCCCCUGAGGACCUAAAUUGA